CAGGGCCAGCAGGAGCAGGACCAACAGGAGCAGGACCAGCAGGAGCAGGGCCAGCAGGAGCAGGACCAGCAGGAGCAGGGCCAGCAGGAGCAGGGCCAGCAGGAGCAGCGGACACUCCCCCCACCGUCCGGUUGGGAGGAGACACUCAGGACAAUCACUCAGCCAGAAUACUCAGUACUGAGCGAGUCAACGAAAAACGGGAGACAUUCCGCAGUUCUCUGGUUAAAGCAGAGGUAUUAUCCAUUGUCCGUGGAGUCCUCCCCUACCUCUAGAGAGGACGCGCGGGUGAAGGUUCGUUUGGCUCGGCUCCAUUUGGAGCGGGAGGAGCGCGAGCGCGAACACCAGCUCAGGAGGGAGUUGGAGGUGGAAGCCGCCAUUAGAAUGCUUCUCUGGUUAAAGCAGAGGUAUUAUCCAUUGUCCGUGGAGUCCUCCCCUACCUCUAGAAAGGACGCGCGGCUGAAGGCUUGCUCAUCGCUGUCUGUGCAAGACAGCCUCUCCUAUGAAAAAGUUAAGCGCGCCAUCCUGCUGGUGAAUGAGCUGGUGCCGGAGGCGUACAGGCAAUGUUUCAGGGCUCUCACGAAAGGUGUAGGUGUGUACCUAAACGGAACAGAGGACGAUCCAGGGUCCGUGGCCGUCUACUUCUACCUGACCUCAGGCCCAAACGACAGCGACCUCGAGUGGCCGUGUCCGUGGCAGCAGGCAACUAUGGUCCUGAUGGAUCAGCAAUCUGACAUCAGACAGCAAAUGAACGCGCAUCUAAUGGUCACCACCGACCCUGACGAGAUGUUCUCUAAUGGCACUGAGUACUACUGGGACAAUCCCAGGGAGGUGGGCUCUAAAGUGACUGAUGAGUCUGAUGGCAGCUUUUACUAUCGAGGACCAGGCUUUGGAACAAGUACCUUCAUCUCCCACAGCUGGCUAAAGAGCAGGAACUUCAUCAAAGGAGACGAUGCCUUCUUCCUCUUCAGUCUGGAAGACAUAUCAGGUCUACUGGUAUCUCAGCCUCUUCCCCGCUCUGCAGUCCAUGCUGAUUCCAGUCUGAUGAAGGCUGCAGACCAAGGUGCUCCACAAGGAGCUGCUAAUAACCCCACAGUGGUCAUAGCGAUGGCAGCGUCUGCGGCAGCAGCCAUGUUGGUGGUGUUCAUGCUGAUCGUAGUGAACGCCUGGAGGGUGAGGAAGAGACGGCAGGAGAGUGAUGAGGUGUUGAUCACAAAGAACAUGCCUGGAUUCAUGGAAGAGAGAACAUCUCUUCUCAUCACUCCAUGAUGUCCCGAUCAAAGAAAAAAAAUCAGCACUUACUAGAAGAGAGAGGGCAUUACCAAAUGAUCUCUAUAAUCAGAGUGUCACCUGAAUCCUUUUCUUGUAUAAUCUGAAUUUG